AUGCGCGAAUUAAAUGCCGACUCUCAAUUUGAGAGGAUCCAACGACGUCGUCCUGUAGUCAUUCAAGGAUCUUUCACUUUCAGUAUACCUUCGGAAAAUCUCGAAGAUGAGCGGAAUCCCAACUCAACGCAUUUCCCGAAUCAAUUUACAAAUAUAGAUGUACUGAUUAGCAGGGUGCAAGGCCUGUGCCUAGAUUGCAUCAAAUCGAAUAUUCUGCUAGAGAUGGCCCAGGAUGUCCUCUCGUCCACAGCAAGGCAAGACUUUAAUUGUUUUGAACGAACAAUCCACUUCUCUAACCAUGACACUUCCCCUAAAAUCUACGAUACUACUAACGUGAAGUAUUUUGUGGACCGUGAUAUUGCCUGGAGCUUUAGAAGUCUAGUCUCUGGAUGGAUUUCGAAUUCUCUUGGCGCGACCGAUGAUUCCUUUAAAUUCGGUAUACUAACAGCUCUACCCGAUUCACAAUCCGUUUCAAAGGAUUAUUCAUUCUAUUAUCGAGUACGACGUUAG